AUGGCACGACUCAGCCAGUACAACUACGUCUUCGCCAUUGGCACUUUGUUUGCCCUACUUGAUGCUUACAAUAACGGCGCAAACGAUGUAGCAAACAGCUGGGCCACCAGCGUCUCUUCUAGAUCUAUCACAUACCAGCAAGCCAUGGUACUUGGUGCUGUGUUUGAGAUGGUCGGCGCCAUCACAGUCGGCGCACGAACUGCAUCCACCAUCAAGAACAAGAUCAUUCCUCUCGAGGCCUUCCAAGACAACGCCGGUGUUCAAAUGCUUGCAUUCACUUGUGCUCUUGCAGGAGCUUCUUCAUGGGUCAUGUGGUGCACACGACAUUCUGCCCAUGUCUCGUCAUCCUACUCGCUCAUCUCCGCUGUCGCCGGUGUGGGCGUCGCCGUCGCUGGAGCCUCUCAGGUAGAAUGGGGCUGGAAUGGUGGCCAGGGUCUUGGUGCGAUCUUCGCCGGCUUGGGAUUGGCUCCUCUCAUUUCUGGGGGUUUUGCUGCAACAAUAUUCAUGCUCAUCAAACUGGUGGUGCACAUACGGAAGAACCCAGUGCCAUGGGCCGUCUUCACCUCGCCAUUUUUCUUCCUCAUUGCCGGCACUGUCUGCACACUAUCCGUGGUCUACAAAGGCUCUCCCAAUCUUGGUCUGAACAAGAAGCCCUCGUGGUAUAUCGCUUCUGUCACCAUGGGCGUUGGUGGUGGCCUUUUCAUCCUCUCCGCCAUUUUCUUCGUUCCCUGGCUCCACGCAAAGGUUAUCAAGAGGGAUCACACUGUCAAAUUCUGGCAUCUCCCCUUGGGCCCUCUGCUCUGGAAGCGACCAUAUUCAGCUGAUACUACCGAAAGAGCAAAUGUUCCGGACUAUGCCGUCGUCCAAAAGCACGACGAAGACGAAACCUCUACUCACACGCCAGAGUCUUUGGAUCAAGAAGUUGACAAGAUUGACUCUGGUAUCAAAGGGCACGCUGCUGGUGCGGGAGAGAAGAGACUUGCGGAGGUUGAGGCCCAGUCCACGCAAUUGACCUACAAGGAGCGACUAGCUGAAGCCCGAGAAAGGUUCCACUCGCGGCUUCGGAAAAAGCGUGGUCCUCUCGGCUGGGCCAUGCGCACCUUGCACCAGAACCCCAUUGGUGAAGGCGAGAUCUACGAGUUUCGCAAUAUUAAAACUGUCCUGAAACGUAUCCCGGCCAUGCUCGUCGUCGCCGUCCUGUAUGGCGUGAACUACGAUAUCCACGCUGCACAGACCGGUAUCGCGGGCACGCCUGAGGGUCGACGCAUGGAGCGGGUGUAUUCCCAUGCAACAAAAUACCCCAACGAGGUCGAGCACACCUACUCCUUCAUCCAGGUCAUCACGGCUUGCACGGCGUCCUUCGCCCACGGUGCCAACGACAUUGGCAACGCGGUCGGUCCCUGGGCAGUCAUCUACUCGGCCUGGUCCACCGGGGACGCCGCCAAAUCCAAGGCCGAAGUGCCAAUCUGGCAACUUGCAGUGCUGUCGGCAACCCUUUCCACCGGUCUCAUCACUUACGGUUACAACAUCAUGAAAGUCAUGGGCAACAAGAUCACCUACCACUCGCCAUCGCGAGGCUCUUCGAUGGAGAUGGGUGCCGCCAUUACUGUGCUGUUGUUCUCACAGUAUUCCCUGCCCGUGUCGACCUCCAUGUGCAUAACCGGCGCCACCGUCGGAGUCGGCCUUUGCAAUGGUACCUGGAAGGCCGUCAACUGGCAACGCGUUGGUCUCCUGCUCUUCUCCUGGAUCAUGACUAUCCCCAUCGCCGGCACGCUUGCAGGGUGCAUCAUGGGCAUUGUGCUCAAUGCUCCCCACUUCUUGUAA